UGCUUUCUUUUGAUAUGCAACAGGUGCUAAUGAGGCUCCUCCCACUGCCCCUGCCUCUACUGGAAGGCCCACCGUCUCGCAGUUCAUGGACGAGUUGACUGAAGUCGAGAGAAAGGUUUCUCAUGAGAGGGAGGCACCCAAGUCGUCGUCCCGGCCAACAGCUUCGGCCGCCACCCACGAGUUAGACAUGUUAAUGGCCGACCUUUCAGACUUUAAACUGCCUCCUCAAGCCCAAGUCAGUAAACCACCUCCUCCGCCACAAGAAGAGGGUCCCUAUGCCAGGCCUCACAAGGAACCUCGUAUCAAGAGUCAGAUCAGUAACCUUGACUCCAUGAUUGGGUCACUUCAAUCUAACAUGAAUAGACAAGGAAUUGAUACUUCUUCUAAGGGAACAUGUGCUGCAUGUGACAAGCCCAUAUUUGGUAAAGUCAUUAACGCGAUGAAGAGGGUGUGGCAUCCUGAACACUUUACCUGCUCCCAGUGCGACACUGAGCUCGGGAACAUAACGUUUUAUGAGCACAACAACACCCCGUACUGUGAGAAGGACUAUCACGAGCUAUUUGCACCACGCUGUGCUUACUGCAAUGGACCAAUC